AUUUAGCUGUGUGAUAGAUUGUGCGUGCCCUUCACAGUCCCUGUUUACUGAGUGUUUGGGAUAGCCAUGAAAUUACCAGGGUCAACCUCCUGCUUAUUAUUUUUAUUGCUAUUGGUGGAAUUUCCUGUCCUGACAAUGUCUCAUCCAACCCCUAUGAAACGUCACAAGGAUGGUCUGACAAAGCUGUUUCAGCAGAUCCGUUUGUUGAUAAGUGCAGCACAUGAAGCUGUGCAUCACCUUGACAUCAAUUUACUCUUUGAGCACAACUUUACAUCGCUGCCUGCUUUAAACUUCAGGGCAAAAGACCUAGAAAAUGUGAAGGUAAACAGCACCCUAUCACAGCUUCAUUCAGGGCUCCACUCUUUCAAGCUUCACUAUGACUGGCUGCUGUACUGGCACAACCAGUCGGGUUUGGUGUCAGAUAGAAUCCAGAAAAUUUCAUAUGCAAUCCAUUCUAUCACCGUUCUUGCACAAAGUCUGACAGAUUCUCCUGCACAAAAUACAUCUCUCUCUUUGCCUCCUCUUACAUCUGCCUGGGAUGUAUACAGUUCAUCUGCAGUAAUUCAUAAGAGACUACUGAAUUUCUGCAACUGGUAUUGUAGAGCUCUCUGGGUCCUCAUCUCCCAUGCUAACAGAUGAAAUCAAGACAAGAUACUUGCAAGAACAUCAACGCAUCUAGAAUUUUAACUGUGACGGUCUUGGAUAUGGAAGACAGCAGCCAGUUAUUUAUGCAUUUGCUAAUUUAUGUACAAAUUCCCUGUUUUCUACAGUUAUAGCAGAUAUUUUUCAUUUGUCUCAAACAGAUUUCACAGCUGACCAAUGGCUUCUAUUUAUGUUUUUUA